AUAAAUAUAUACAUAUCUACAUAUAUAUUUAUAUACACAUAUAUUAAUUAUAAUAAUUGUUGAUCAUGGAAAACACAAGUCCAGAAAAAACAAUUACGGCAGUUUGUUCUGCUUCGGCUACAGUUGAUAGUAAAGGCGUCAUUGAUCGCCAGUUCCCUGAUCUUCGAAAGACAUUUACAGACCCAAGUUUCUACAAUACGCCACAACAAGAUGUAGUCAAGCCUCUUGUAAUCAAGCAAACUAUCACAAUGCCAGUUAAUGGAUUGAAUGCUAUUCAACAAUUACAACCGAAUGGUCUUUGUGGUAUUGUACCUUCUAUUGAUAGAGCUUAUUUUGUUAAUAAGAACCUUAUUUAUAUUUGGGACUACACACAAAGUCGAGAUAUAGUUACACUUCAAGAAGAAGAUGAUAUUAUUAGUAUCGGGUUUGUUAAACCUAAACCUGGUAUUUUUAUUAAAGAAAUGAAACAGUUGUUGAUUGUUUCUACUACUCGAGAAGUCAGAAUUGUGGGUCUUAUAUAUGAUCCUAAGACUGGCUUAAAGAUAUUUAAUACUGAUAUGUCGACCAACACUGCUGGAGUCAAUAUGAUUGAUAUUGUUGGAACAGAUCAAGGCCGUAUUUUUAUGUUAGGUAGUGAUGGAAAUGUUUGGGAAUUAGACUACAGAAGUGAGGAAUCCUGGUUUGUUAAUAAAUGCUCUAAAAAAUUACAUACGAGUGGAAGUUUGUUUGCUUUCUUAUUUGGACAAUCACAGGAACGAGUGAUUCAAAUUGCAGUCAACCAAAAUGGCACUGUUUUAUAUCAAUUAACAACGAAUUCUAAUAUUUAUGUGACUUAUUUGGGAACAGAUGGGAACACAUUUAAUACAGUUUACAAAAAGACAGAUAUCCUUUCUGAUGCUAGAAAGACAAAUACGAACUCAAACCAUUUACGACUGGAAAAUUUCAAGAUUGUGUCUAUUCAUCCUACAACGUCAUCAGAAUCGAUUGCAUAUCAUCUUGUAGCUGUGACCUCAAGUGGCUGUAGAAUCUAUUUUAGUCAUCAUCAAGAUGGACAAUAUCUUUUGUAUGAUGCUCUUCCUAAUGGUCUUACUAUUGUCCAUAUUAGAUCACCCUCUGAUGAUUGUUUGACUACUGCAGAUCAACUUGAUAAAAUUAUUUAUAAUCAAGGUCUUCUUAUGGCCAUUAAACAACAACAAGAUAAAAUUAUCUUCUUCUCUCCUGAUUUAGGAAAUCUAGCUAAUUGUACUUCAAAUACGUCUGAUAUUAGACUAACUGAAUUUUAUGGAACUAUCGAUAUUCACGGCAAGGUAUUAAGCUUGGUUGAAUCUACAAUUGUAGGUUCAGUGAAUGAGUUGAUGGCACCUUACAAUUCUCCUUCACGCCAUUUCCUUGUCUUGACAACCUCUGGCCUUACUGUGAUAGCUAAACAACGACCUGUUGAUAUACUUUAUAGAUUAUUAAUGUCUUCAGGACGUGGUAUUGAGAAUUAUCUUCAAGAAUUUGAAAGUUUCUUUUCUCAUUUUGGUUAUGUAAAUAGCUGUGCUCUUUGCUUCAAUCUUAUUUGUGCAAAUACCUCUGUUGUCUCUGAUCGUAAUAACCCUCUUUAUUAUGUUGAACCCGUUACUGAUACUGUAGAAGAAGGUGCAAAGGCUCUUUUAGAACGCUUUGGUCAAGUUCCUUCUCUUUUGAAUACUCUCAAUACUAAUUCUAGAGAAACUUAUAGUAGUAGACAUGACGGUUUGGCUUUAUUUAUUUAUCGUAUCAUUCAUCCUAUUUGGUCAAAGAAGCUUGUUAAAAUGAAUAAUGAAGCAAAUUAUGAAACUACUUUGUUACCAAAGGAAUUAAAGAAUGUUCAACAAAUCUUGAGGAAGCUUGCUUCAUUUAUCGAAAGAAAUCCUGUCUUAUUUCCAAAGACGCCUAAUAAUCAUGUAACAAAAUCUUAUGAGAAUUUACAUGAAUUUGUUAUUUAUUUAACAGAAGCUAUUUCUUUCUUUGACUAUCUCAUUGAGACUGGUAUUUCAUCUAUUGUGAGUUUGAUGAAGCCCGACUCUCAGGCUCAACUUUUGAAGAUAGAUUUGAAGACCUUAUUAACUACAACUGAAGGUCGUUUAUUAGCAAGUGAUUUAUCAUCUGCAUUAAUCAGUCAUACAUUCAAGAAAAUUGAUAAUACCACUUAUGUCAUUGAUGUUCUUACCCAAUGUUGUGGAUCCUUUUGUGAUGCUAAUGAUGUAUUAUUAUACAAGGCUUCUGAUCAAAUCUAUGCAGCACGUAAUGCUCCUAAUACGAAUCAAGCCAAAUUAAUCUUGACCGAUUCAUUAAAUAUUUUGAAUAAGAUUGCUAUUCAUAUUCCUGCUGGAAAGGCAAGUGAAAUUGCAAAUCAAUUUGCUCUUCAAGGCUAUCAUGUUUAUGGUGUUCGACUUGCUAUUGUCUGUGCACAAGCUCGUGAUCCCAAACAUGUUACUACAAGUUAUAUUCAAACCGGACAACCUCCAAAUGAUCCUCGACUUCAAAUCUUGCAAUCAAAAGAACCAUUUUAUGAGAUCGUUUUUAACUUGCUUUAUGAGGUUGUAACAAAGAACUUGAACACAUCCUCUUCUCAAGAUGAUUACAAGAAGAGAGUCUUUUCAACUGCUUUUAGUUAUGAUGACAGAGCUUUCCAAUAUUAUAUUUAUGAAAAGUUUAUUGAAAAAAAGAUGGGUCAAGAAUUAAUUAAGGCCUCUCCACCUCAUCUUGAAGAGUUUUUAAACCGUACACCAUUUACGUAUGAUCGUCUUAGUUUGCUUGCUGUUUAUUAUAGAUGUAAUGAAAGAUAUGAAGAAGCUGCACACACCUAUGUAAAAUUAGCAAGAUUUGUUGGAGAAAACAUUAGUUUAAAUACACGUAUUGAUAAUUUGACUUCAGCUUCCAUUUGUGCAAAAUCUGUCACUACACCAGCAAAGCAAUAUGAAAUGUAUCAUUUGUUACAAGAAAUUGAAAGCCUUUUAGAAUUAGCUCGUAAAGAAGCUGCUGCCACCAUCACAACGACUACUCAGUAGAUUUUAUUUGAAUAAAUUUAUUUUCUUUUUUUAUUUUUUAAAGAAAAAAAAAAACACCAAUUUAUUCCCCCCACCCUUCCCUUCCCACUUCCUUUUUUUUUUACACAUAAA